UGGCCUUUGCCUGUUCACUACACCUCAAUCUACCUAUCAUCGACAAUGCGUUUCCUCAUCGCUCUCUGCCUGGUUGGCGCCGCAUGCGCCCAGUACAACUACGGUGCAGGACAGUACACUGGCUCCGCCUCCGAAAAUGUUCCCAGCUACUCCGGCGGCUCUGACAGCUACGAUGCCGCACCCAGCAACCAGAGGAACGACUACGCGCCCUCCAGCGAGCUGAACAAGGAAUACUACACCUUCGAGGCUGAUGAGAACGAUUUCGAGGAUCCUCUUGCCGCCCAGAAGAUUGCUGGCUCCGUGAACAAGGGUCUCCGUGUGGUCUUCAUCAAGGGACCCGAGAACCGUGGCUUGGAGAACGCUGCCCUGGCCCUGGCCAAGCAGGCUGCCGAGCAGAGGACCGCCAUCUAUGUCCUGAACAAGCAGGCCGACAUCGGAGAUCUGGCCAACAAGCUGAAUGCCGUACGCCAGAAUGCCAACAACAAGCCCGAGGUGCACUUCGUCAAGUACCGGACUCCCGAGGACGCUGCCAACGCCCAGCGCGCCAUCCAGAGCCAGUAUGACAACCUCGGUGGAUCCUCUCAGUCCAUCAACGGAGGCAUUGCCAACGCCAUCAACUUCGCCUCCCAGGCCCCAGCGGGUCCCUCCCGUCAGUCCGGUGGCAACUACUCGCCGCCCGGUGCCGUGAGCAACUCGUACCUGCCCGCCAACAUCCUGCGUCGCCUGCGCGUCCGUUAAGGAGGGUAUCCGCCCGCACUGAUUGUUGUUGUAUAUUUUCCCCAGUUGUACCAAUUUUUAAACGAAUAAAGACGAAAAAAACGAUGUAAACCCAAA